AGUGUUCCAGUAGGAACAGUCACUGCUGCUGGUUCCUACUGUGAGCAGGCUUGGAGAAGCAGCAGCGGUGACAUCAGCGUGCCCCUAGAUCGAGGAUUGUGCACCGACCACUGGAUUAACCACAGGAUUAACAAAGGUAACGGACAAACAGGACCACAGAUUGAGGAUAGUUAUGGAUACAGGAAGAUGAUUGCAUUUGUCCAAUUACCUGGCACAGCAGAUGUCUGCAGAAAGAAUGACAGAUGGGGAUGAGCAGAAAGUCAACGCUUUGUUCAGGUUGGGGCAGAGGUCACGGUACAUAUCAGCACUUCUACAAGAAAGAAGAAACUCUCAAGCCAUCCUGCAGGUGGGAGCACGCAAGGCCCACUCCAGAAGUCUCAACAUGGAGAGAAAAGUGAGGAAAAUCACUAUUGUAUCUAAACCUGAAGCUACAUAUUUUCUUCAAAUUGAAUGGAAGCAAGAUUUAGGCAAUGGAUUUAAUGUAACACUCUGUGAUGGGCAGAAUGCAUGGACUAGUGAAGUGUCCAAGGAGGAUUUGUCCAAGGAAGCUGCCGAUAUGGAGAUGGAGCAUUCAAAGUAUAUCGAAGAGUUAAAAAAAGCGCUUAUUACUGUUCAACAGACAGGCAGCAAAUAUAGCUUUGACCUUGUGAAAGAUGAAGAAAACCCUGAAAUGUAUUGCUUUACAUAUGAGAAAACAUUAAAGGAUGUUUCGUUUAAACUUGGAUCGCUCAGACUCACUAAUGCCUCAGACCCGGCCGAAAUAAUCAAGGAGUUUAUUAAUUAUUGCUUGAACUGUGCAACAGAAUUACAUAGUAGAAAUGAAUAUCUGCUGAAGGAGAAUGAAAGGCUACGGCAGGACUGGGACGACAUGCAUAAACAGCUUGAGAAAUUUGUGAAAAGUAAGGAGGAUCUGGAGCGAGAUCUUUAUACUCGAUUUACCUUAGUGCUAAAUGAGAAGAAAGCUAAAAUUAGAAGUCUGAAUCAAAAGUUGUCACAGACUGAAAAAAAGGUGUCAGAGAAAAGCAGCAGUUCUAUUCCAUUUGAUACUCUCCCUGUUGCGGAUUACAAUGGCUCAACAGAUGAGGAAAGCUCAGAGGUUAAAGAGGAAGCUGCUCCACCGCCUAUAUCGAAACGCCGAUCUCUUUUAAACAGCCCUGAUGAUUCACCAGAUAUUGCUCCAAGCAGAAAACGAAGACUACGGGGGCAAAAAGAUUAUUAUACCCAAAUGAAGGAUAAACUUUCACAACUCGAAGAUCAAGAAGACCAAAGAAGUAAGCCAGCCUCUUCAAAGACAACUGGCAAGAAUCCUUCAUCAGUAAAUCCUCCUUUACCAACAUCAAAAAACUCUCCAGAUCCCGAUGACCUUUUCAGUGACAUUUAGCUAAAACUCUAAUCCACUUCUGCUUAAACAAACAGACCCGGAGCAAUUAUUGUGUGAUAAAUGUAUAUUGUUCCUACAAAUGGAGCACUUGUCCCGCUGAGCGACUGAGUGUAUGUAGAAGUACAACUAUCCUCAGUGUAUUUUACAGCUAUCUGACAGAUUUUUCUAACUUCCAUUUUAAUGAAUUAUUUUCUUACAAUCUGGAAUUUGACUUUUAUUUACAAAAAUAAAAUUCAAUAAAUA